AUGCCGGUGCACGCCACCUCCGCCUACUACAUGCACCGCCGCGGCAUGCAGGUGCUCCUCGGCGCAACCGGCGGCGUGGCGAGCAUGCGGGCGCGCGGCGCGGCGUGGCGGGCGCGGCUGGAGCUGCUGCGGGGCGGGCGGGCGCGCGGCGCCGCGGCGGGCGCUGCUGCGGGCGCGGGCGGGCGUGGAGUGCACGCGGCCGGCGGCGAGCGCGGGCGGGUGCGCUGCUGCGGGGCGGGGCCGAGCUCGCGGCGGCCGGGCGAGCUGCGGCGCGAGCGCGCGGGCGACGGCGGGUGCGCACAGGCUGCGGCGAGGGCGAGGGACGGCCGGAGCGUGCGCCUCGGCAGCCCCGGCGAGCUCGCGCGGGGGUGGGCUGGCGAGCUGCGGCAGUGCUCGUGCAGUGUUUGA